AUGACCUUGUGCGUUGUGUCUCUAACACGGGGGGCCCAGGAGGAGUGUAUCCUUGGUGUGACAGGUCAAGGCUAGAGGAGCAAACGCUGCUCCCAUGCACACACUGUUGACUAACACAUAAACUAGGGACUCUUAAGGGAAAAAAUGAAGUUGUAUUGAAUUGAAUAGGGAGAGACUACAGUUUGUCUAGGGGUGGGUACGGAUGGGGAUUUUGGGGUUGGAGGUAUAACGUAUGAGAGGGUUUGAGACCCUGUCUGAGGAUAGGGGCGUGUGGUGAUGGGUUUGGGUUUGGGGGGUUAUGACUACAGUUUGUCUGGUGGUAUAGGGGUGGGGUUUGGAGGAUUUGGAGGUAUGAAGCAGUCUUUUGGAAAGCGGUUGACACCAUGUCUGGGUAAUAGGGGUUGGAGGGUAGGAGGUAGGAGGCAGUCUUUUGGGAAAGGUGCAGAGGGGGGAGGCAGGCGCCAGCCUUGCCAGGCUGCGAGCGGUACCCUGUUUUGUUUCCUGCUUUAUAAAGUGGCACAUUAAUAAGCACAUCUCCCCUGAGGUUCAGUUCUGUGGCGAGCAGAGAUUAAUAGGACCGCUGCAUCGCACACACACACACACACAAACACGGCGGCUCCACAAUGGGCCAGCCCAGUCCCAGGCAGAGAGAAAGAGCCUUUAGACUCAAGGAAAAUCUGAAUCCACCCCGAACCUUUCUAAAGAGAACUAUAAACCCACCGCCGUAUUAGGCUAUCAACCCUCUCCCCACUCCACCCCCUCUCUCCUCCCCCUCUACUCCCUCUCUUCCCCCCUCCCCUGAGACAAACCCCCUCUUUCUCAACACGCCUAAUUAUACAUGACACAUUUAUUUAUUAGCUUCAUAGAGGAACAUUCCUUAAGGACCGUUUGUUGUUUUUGCCAACUCUUUCAUAAAUAUCUCUUACAUCUCUACAGCUAGUUUUCAUAGAGCAGCCAGAGUCCCUCUGUGUCCUGCAGCUCUUUAAGCACAUAUGCCUUUUGUUUUACGACUCGGCACCUCAGCAACGUAAUAGUUUGAAAACGUAAGACUUCAGUUUUUACACGCACACACACCAUGUAUACAACUACAGUUUUUACGUCCGUAGGUUUGGAAUAGUAUAGUGGUCUCUGGAUCCGUACGGCCUGGAAGGAUCACUAAUUUACCCAAUAAAGCAGGUUGACAGUGGUGUGUUUGACAUGUUGGCGGCUGGUGUGUGUGAGCGUGUCUGUGUGUGACAGGGCAUGUGUUUUGGCGAGGUGGGAUGAGAGCUAUUAAGAACUUCCUGUUUACAGCACCUCUGAUGAUGCCCCCUGUUAGGCCUAAUAACCCCCCAGACCAUGACUACCCUCAGUCCUCUGCCCUGGGGUGUGUCCUGUCCCCUCACACCACAGCACAACACACCAGGACUAAUGCUCACCACCUGUUGGCCCACAGCAGCUGGCCGACACUCCCCCCUACCCUUACCCUGUAUUCCGAUAGCCACUACCCCCUAUCACCUCCUCUGUCUCUUUCUAUCUCUCCCUAGCUGUCACCCAUUGCCACAGGAACACAGGAGUCAAAACCAAAGCCAACAAAGAAAAAUACAAGCAACUUUUUGGACACCACUGAAAGACAUCUUUCCAAAUGAUUUGACUACCUGGAACUGUUUAAUGUAGCCUGUAAAAGGGACUUUCCAUUGCUUGUCCCAAAGAGGAAGGUUAAAGUGAACUACGUGCUCAAUUCAGGUCAGAAUGACCUACACAGAACUACGUGGAUUUAGUAUGUCUACAUGCAUUCUUACAGAGAAUAAUUAGUAUCAUACACAACCUGGGGGAAUUAGUGCCAAAAGGGUCAAAGUUAACACAUAGUACCAAAACAACAGUUUGUGUGCAAAAAAAAGUCUAAACUGUUUUUUUUACUGUAAUGUUCAUGCUCCAAAAACAGCUUAGUAAAAGCCCUCCACAACUCCCUAUGUUGACCUCUGCCCUUUGUAGCUAUGCCUCAUUCUUUUAAUGGUAUUCUCAAAUAAAUGUGUUUAAAUUGCCUCCGUUUAACUUGCUGAAAUGCAACUGACUGGGUGAGAUUCUUAUCACUGUAAUUACAGUAAAUGAUUGCAAGUGAUUCAUUAUGCAUAAGAGGAUGUGAACGUUAAGGGGAGAAGGAGGGUUGUAUGAGGGAGAUGCUGGAGAGAGAUAGGUUGCGUCCCAAAUGGCACUACCUUUGACCAGAGCCCUAUGCCAGAGCCCAGUCCAAAAGUAGUGCACUAUAUAGGGAAUAGGGUGCCAUUUGGAACACAGACAUUAACAGACUGAGGGGGGACUGUACUGUACUGUAGUUUAGGCCAGACUAGCAGCACAAUGACCUCUACUAGAACGCCUCUGGAGAAACAGACAGGAAAUGUUUGUGCUGCUUUCAUCUAAAAACAGAUGACUGUAACUCUUUGCGGGGGUUCUGUUAUUGACUGACCACUGUGUUCUUACUUCUUAGUGUGCACUGGGAGUUUACAGUGACAUCAAGUCUAUUGUUUUUUCUUUCCUACUUGUUCUGUUGUACAGUGGGUCUUCACGAUAGGGAGGGAAAGGGUCACUACAGGGUUACAGCCAGAGGAGAAUGAGCCUCCUCUUGGAGUCUGGUUCCUCACAAGGUCUCUGUUCCAUCUAAGGAUUCUUUCCUGGCUACUUUGCUUUUGCUUGCUCUUUGGGGGUCUAUGACUAGUGACAACAGUUUAGCAGUUAUUAAAUACAUUUGAUUGACUGAUUUAUUGAUUGUGUUCUUUCUCUGCAGUGUCCCGGUUCUCCAGCCCCAGACUGACCCCCAGGCUGAACAGGAAGCGAGCCCUGUCCAUCUCCCCUCUCUCGGACGCCAGCAUCGACCUGCAGACCAUGAUCCGUACCUCACCCAACUCUCUGGUGGCCUACAUCAACAACUCACGCUCCAGCUCUGCAGCCAGCAGCUCCUACGGACAUCUGUCAGUCAGCGGCAUCAGGUACAGGACAUACAUGGUGCACACACAUACUGUACAUACUGUACAUAGGCACACGCACACACACACGCACACGCACACGCACACGCACGCACACACACACACACACACACACACACACACACACACACACACACACACACACACACACACACACACACACACACACACACACGCACAUGCACACGCACACACACACACACACUCAGGGCUCAACACAGGGCACAGGGCAUGUGGUCCUCUGUAGCUCAGCUGGUAGAGCACGACGCUUGUAACGCCAAGGUAGUGGGUUAGAUCCACGGGACCACCCAUACACAAAAAAAAUGUAUGCACGCAUGACUGUAAGUCGCUUUGGAUAAAAGCGUCUGCUAAAUGGCAUAUUAUAUUAUUACACCAGUCACUCACUCAAAGGAUACCUACACAGUAUUCUAACUUUUCUCAUCUCUAUAGGUUAGAGUAUUUAUUACUUUCACAUAUCUAUACAUCUAUUGAAGGGCUCCGACAUACACUAGUCACUCGCCCACUCAAUCACCACAGCGUUCAACCUCAUGUCCAGGCCUAUAGCUGAGUUAUGUCUGUCUCUGGCUAUUGUAAAUGGAGUGGAUCCGCUAAUAAUUGUCCUUCACUUUCCUCUCCCAGUCCGUCGUUCACCUUCCCCCACCCCAUCAACGCCAUGGCAUACCAGCAGCUGCUCAACCAGCAGAGAGGCCUGAGUGCGUUCGGCCAUACCCCUCCCCUAAUUCAGCCCUCCUUCGCUGCCCGCCAGCAUGCCCACGCCAUUGCAGCCUCCGCCCUCAACACCACCCUCAACACUUCGAGCUCUGAGUCCAACCAGGUGAGUCUCCCAAACAGAGUGUUUAUGGUGAGAGAUGUCUCAGCUGGAGGAUGACUCCCUCCCUCUAGCAGCUGUUUUUAUCUGUCUCAGUUCUUAGAAGUGUUUCCUCUGUCUCCUUUAUCAACGUAUUGUAUACAAUAUGGUUUCUAUGAAUGUAAACUUCCCCCUCAUUUACCAUCUCCCCCUCAGGCACACACAGACACCUAUACAUUCCAUCACUAUGUCUAUUUUAGUACACCAAUGUGCACACACACACACACAGAGAGAGAGACAUACACACAGAGGCACACACACACACACACACACACACAGUCACACACACACAGAGACACACACACACAGAGACACACACACACACAGACACACACACACACACACAGAGACACACACAGAGACACACACACACACAGACACACACACACACACACACACAGACACACACACACAUAGACACACACACACACAGGCAGAGAUAGCUGAAUUCCCCCCUCAGCUUGACAGUGAUCAGAACCACAUUUCCCCUGGUUUCCAGCCAAUGAAGUCAGUGUUAGUGAGAUCCCAGAAGCACAGUCAGCACUGUACUGUACUGUAUGUAGUGGCUGGGUGGGAGUUGGAGAUUAGAGAGACCCCUCCUCACUGACCCCAAACCCUCCCUUCAUAUCUUUUCUUAUGAUGCUUAAACACACACAAACACACACACACACACACACUGAGUGUCUCCUCCUCAGAGCCUGUGACUGAGGCUUAAAAAGGCAGUGUCUGUCUGUUGUGUCAAGAGUUGGUCGGAGGAUCAAAGCUCUGAGCGUUGCAGUGUGGGUAAUAAUUUCUCUCUUUUCAUAUUUCCCCUGGCUGACUCUCAUAAAGCAGUCUAAACUGUUUCUCUGUGGUGGGUCGCUAUACGAGUUAUGGGCCCUGAGCCUGGUUGGCUCUGGAACCAACCAACCCUCACAUCAUCACAUUGCCAUAGAACAGAGCCAGUCAGCCAGAGCCAAGAUCAAUACUGUGAUAUCUCUCUGACCACUCUGGGUUAUCUUCACUCUGCCUCUAUCUCUACGCACCAGAGCACCGUAACUCUCUGCCUCCUUCUUCUAUUUGGCCACUUAGUAGACAUUUUGAAUGUAAUCCCUGUGUGACACUCUUACCAACUGAGCCACAAAGGACCACUCUAUCUGAACUCUACAUCUCGCUCUACAGUAUGUCCUUCAGAAGGCUGGUAUAGCCUGUGUCUCUCUAACGUCUACCUCCUUCUCUCUCCUGCAGAAUGCUGGUGGCGACCCAGCGGUGAGCAGCACAGUCAACCCCAUGAUCACCAAGAGGCACAAGGUCAAGACAGAAGCAGAGGGACCCCGGUCCAUAUCACCGUGCUCUCAGGUAUGAGACCCCACGACCUCUACCUUAAUUGAUCUUUAUAAAUGGCAUACAGAAAAAUAAAAUACCGGGUCAUUUUACACUAGAUCAAUAAGAUGUUACUUUUUCUUAUCUUUACAGCGAAUUGCGCAAAAGCAAUCUUAGAUCAUCAGGAAGCAGAUUAGUACAGUAUAGUUGGUAGUGAUAUGCUAUUGUCAACACACACACACACACACACUUAACACACACACUGUGUGCGUGCAUACACGUCAGACACAGUCAUGAACACCUCUCUGACGGAGUCCUCUGAUCCACAGGAGCAUGUCCUGGACCUGAGUGAGGAACUGGAUAAAGAGGAAUGGAAGCAGGAGCCAGAGGCUGUCUACGAGACCAACUGUCACUGGGACGGCUGCAGCAAGGAGUACGACACCCAGGACCAGCUCGUUCACGUGAGUUAUUAGAAAUUAUACAACGGGUGGGUCUAAACCUGGAUGCUGAUUGGUUAAAACCGCAUUGCAGCCGGUGUCUAUUCCACAAGUUACCACCGGCUAAAUCUAUGAUGUUGAAACUAUUUACUCUGUUCCAUCUCACUGCGCAAUCCACUCUCUCAUCAGCUCUGCCAGACAUUUUAUAUACUUGAUCUCCACUGUAAACAGCAUCUAGACAUUAUCUCCCAUUUCCUUUAGACUAGCAAUUGGUUUUCAACAGCGGAGAUUUGUAAUAAACUUGCUGUCUGUGUCUCUGACAUUUGCAACAUUGUUUCAAUAUUGAAAUUCGAUCUCCAGCUGUUCCAUAGCAAUGAACAUUAGGGGUCGGGAGUCGGGAUGAGACAGACAGACCGACAGGCAGGCAGCUUUUUUCAGCAAGUUGAAAUCAUGAAUCAGCAUCAUUUUUAUGGAUAUAUACAAAGAAAUGUCAGUAGAAAACAGGUCAAAUGAAACGAAGUGCAGUAAGUUUGCAGUCUUUCCAGCUUCAGUUUGAAGUGAUUGUGUUAGCUGUGUUGUUGGCUAGCUCCUCUGAAUGACAGUGUCCUGACGAGAGAGUGCAUUUUCUAUGCCAGUUGAAAUCAAGCAUCAAUAGCUCAUUGUUAUGGAUGUAUCCAAAUUAAUGUCACUAGAAAACAGCUUAAACAAAACAAACGCAAAUGCAGCUACUUUGCUGUUAUUCUGGCUGCACUGUUUGACGUGACUGUAAGUUAGCCGUAGUUGGCUAGCUAGCAAGCAAGGGAUAAGAACAUUGCCAGCCAGUAUGGCAAUAGAACAUUUAGAAUGAAUGACUGGGUCGCGUCCAUACAUACAGAACAAAAAGACUGAACGACUGGGUCGCGUCUCUGGCAACCGAACCGAUACAAUGAAAGACCAGCCGGCUUGGGUAGCAACCCUACAUUUGUGUCAAAUCAAAUCAAAAUCAAAUCAAAUUUUAUUGGUCACAUGCGCCGAAUACAACAGGUGCAGACAUUACAGUGAAAUGCUUACUUACAGCCCUUAACCAACAGUGCAUUUAUUUUAAACAAAAAAAGUAAGAAUAAAACAACAACAAAAAAAGUGUUGAGAAAAAAAGAGCAGAAGUAAAAUAAAGUGACAGUAGGGAGGCUAUAUAUACAGGGGGGUACCGUUGCAGAGUCAAUGUGCGGGGGCACCGGCUAGUUGAAGGAUAAAGUUUAGGUUAAAGGAUGAAAUAGUAUGAAUAAAUUCAUCAAAAUAACGUUUUUAAUGAAAAUAUGUCAAUCAUUAUUUGAAUAUGUUGGUAACCCGUGUAGCUCAGUUGGUAGAGCAUGGCGCUUGCAAUGCCAGGGUUGUGAGUUUGUUUCCCACGGGGGGCCAGUAUGAAAAUGUAUGCACUCACUAACUGUAAGUCGCUCUGGAUAAGAGCAUCUGCUAAAUGACGUAAAUGUAAAAUAAAAGUGAUCUUUAAUUACCUCAGAGAGUUAGGACAUCUGUGAGUAGGGAGCUGCUGGUGCCAUUACAGCCAGGGGUAUGCCUGUGACUUUCAGUAGACUGUUCCAUUUAGCUUAUGGGACAGUCUGCUAACACUCUUCAACAAAUUAACUAUUCUCUGCUAUUACAAUGACAUGGGGUGCCAAUCAGAGGAGGCUGGUGAGGGGAGGAUAAUGGCUGGAAUGGAGUGAACAGAAUGGUAUCAAACACAUGGAAACCAUGUGUUUGACAGAGAGAGAGAGAGAGAGAGAGAGAGAGAGAGAGAGAGAGGUAUCAUACAGAUACAGGAAAAAGUCCAAAAGACACCCUCCCAUUUAACAAAAAUGUUUAAAGUUCAAAACGGCCUCCUCUGCUCCUCAUUAAAUUGUGCAGUGUUAGAGUCAGUGCGGUCAGGUUUAAGAUUUAACCAGUCAGUGCCAGGUCAGAGCCAGGGGUUAGGGGUCACAGCUGUUGAUCCUUUCCUGUGGCGGCCACGCGCAGGGUUAAUGAGGCCUGUUGAUUCUGACUGAGGAGACAGAGGUACACUAAUGGCCCUGCAGCUGUGACCCCCAACCCCUGGCUCUGACUUCUGAACUCUGUUCUAUUCCUUUCUUCUCUACGAAACUCCCGAUGCAGCCUUCUCUACUGCUCCACUCCCAUAGGCUGUGAUUAACAAUUGGGUUUCCCCAACCUGACAGACAGGUGGCAGGGGGCAUAUGUCAGCCCAGUACCCAGACUGGGAGUCUCUGAGCUGAGUCUGCAGUGGUCUUGAGUCUCUAACUCCCAGUGUUACGGGUCAGGUGUUGAUUCACCUUGGAGCCCCUUUCUCCCCCUUUCCACCCUCUCCCUCCACUCUCAGCCCCCCGGCCCCAGUCUGUCCUGACAAGGCAAGUCCAGGAGGAGAGCCAACUAAGAACCCCUUUUACCCCAUCUUUCCCCCUUUCACUCCCCUCUCCUCCCCCACCCUCUCACUUCUCCCCCCUCCUCCUGCCACCCAGCCUCUCGGUCCCAUUCUGUCCUGACAGAGGGCUAGUCCAGACCAGCCCCAGUUAGUUCCAGCAUCCAUUCCCCCUACUCUGCUGCUCUGUCAGGGGUUGAGAGGAUCAGAAAACAGAGCCAGGGCCUGCUGGUGUGGAUGGACAACGUGAAGCAAAGAACAUACCACAACUCUCUGGAACAAGGGUUAGGCAGCCAGGAAGGAAAAUGCUAACAGUAAAUGUCAAUUGGAAAUACAGUGUUAUGAAAUAAUGAAUGUAUUUAUGAAUGAGUCUCUUGUUACAGUAACUUCUAAUGACAUAUCUAUGUAGAUGUAGAUGUAAUAGCUGAGAGUCUGCUGUCAAGAGCUUGAUAGAACUUUAUACCUUCAUCUACAUUACUGCCCCUGUACUGUAGAUCCAAGGUUUCACACAAUGUUCUCACCAGUGAAAUCACACCUUGAAAAAUGACUAAAUGAUGGCAUAGAGCUUCUAGGUUCUAUUUACCCAAAGUAAUACUUCCCCAAUAGCCCCAUAUUAUGGUUUCAGUAUGGUAUGAAGAGUACUGCUGCAGGGCACACACUCCUCCUUCUCUAAAAAGGAACUGGGUAGGAAAGAUCCUCAACCGCUAACCGAGUCAGUGGGUAUACAGCUGCAUCCCAAAUGGCACCCUAUUCCCUAUAGGGCUCUGGUCAAAAGUAGUGCACUCUUUAGGGAAUAGGGUGGCAUAUGGGACGUAACCGACUUGAAGAGGAGAUGGAAUCUUGCUCCAUUUGCUUCUUGCUUGUGACAGUGGCCACAUGAGUAAGGUAUAGUACAGGGUAAAGGUUCAGAGGAAAUGCAUUGAUUUACCUGGGGGUGUGAAUAUUUGCCAUGUGGUUGUGUGGUUGUGUGAGUGUGUGUGAGUGAGUGAGUGAGUGUGUGUGUGUGUGUGUGUGUGUGUGUGUGUGUGUGUGUGUGUAUGUGUGUGUGUGUGUGUGUGUGUGUGUGUGUGUGUGUGUGUGUGUAACGUGAGUAUUCAGGGGUCUGACCCUAAAGGACGGGAUAUACUGUAAUUAAGGGCUUAGGGGAAAUGGAGGGGCACCAGACAGGGUCAUCCUAGACAGUACAGCAGAAUGACAGAGCGACUCCUCCUACCCUCCUGACCACACAAGACAGGCAGUUCCCUCAAAACAAGAAAUCAGUGUUUUUCAUUCUCAGUUAGUUUUCUGUAGCUCAAUGGAAUGUAACUCUAGACAUUUAUGUCCAAUCACUGUCAUGUUUUUGAAAUCCUCAAGUAAAAGAUUUAUGCGUAUACACUGAGUGUACAAAACAUUGGGAACAACUGUUCUUUCCAUGACAUAGACUGACCAGGUGAAUCCAGGUGAAAGCUAUGAUCCCUUAUUGAUGUCACUUGUUAAAUCCACUUCAAAUCAGUGUAGAUGAAGGGGAGGAGGUAGGUUAAACAAGGAUUUUUAAGCCUUGAGACAAUUGAGAAAUGGAUUGUGUAUGUGCGCCAUUCAGAGGGUGAAUGGGCAGGACAAAAUAUUUAAGUGCCUUUGAAUGGGGUAUGUUAGUAGGUGCCAGGCACACCGGUUUGUGUCGAGAACUGCAACGCUGCUGGGUUUUUCACGCUCAACAGUUUCCUGUGUGUAUCAAGAAUGGGCCACCACCUAAAGGACAUCCAGCGAACUUGACAACUGUGGGAAGCAUUGGAGUCAAUAUGAGCCAGCGUCCCUGUAGAACGCUUUCAACACCUUGUAGAGUCCAUGCCCCGAUUAAUUGAGGCUGUUCUGAGGGCAAAGGGGGGGGGGGGGGGGGGGUGCAAUGCAUUAUUAGGAAGGUGUUCUUAAUGUAUAUGUCAGAAAACAUAAUCAGCCGUUGAAGCAUGUACAUCUGAUCAGGGAACACACCAUUGGUCCCUGAUUAAAAGGAGAGAGAUUCAGGGGAUGUGUGUAAAUCUCAGGUGUGACAGUCUGACAAGUCAGGAUAACUCCUGAUCCUAAUUCCUCCUCCGGGUAGUUAAGGAAGUCCCCUCCCUCUGACGCAUAAAGGACCUGAGAAAACAGUGUGUGCGUGCCCGCAUGUGUGCGUGUGUGUGUGAGACGCAGGGCCUGACAAAACAGUCCCGCCACUAACACAUCACAACCCUUUGUCUACAACGCGACGAAUGGAAACGUACUGUCACCCAUGAUGGAUGGUGUUGUCACUCGUGGUCUGGCUUGGGGAAGGGAAGAGAAGAAGGUUGUUCCUCUCUGGUGGGAACUCAGAGAGGGAUGUUUGGGAGGCCUGCUCUCACAAGCUCUUUGCUGAUUGAACAUCUGGCUUCUCCACACACACACACACACACCAUCCCACCUCAAAUGAGCAGGAAAGGGACAGGUUUAAAGACAUAAACAAAUCUGACAGUUGAUUGAGAAGACCAUAUCCUGAAACAAGUUGAGAUACAUGGAUGUGUCUGCUUUGUUUUACUCCCAUGUUCCCCUGUUCUCUCUUCAGCACAUCAACAACGACCACAUCCAUGGGGAGAAGAAAGAGUUUGUGUGCCGUUGGGAUGAGUGCUCGCGGGAACAGAAGCCCUUCAAGGCUCAGUACAUGCUGGUGGUCCACAUGAGGAGGCACACUGGGGAGAAGCCACAUAAAUGCACAGUAAGUACUCCAACUCCCAACAAGCACCUGGGCAUGUACAUAUUAUUUAAAUAAGCCCAGAGCCUUCUAUUAUAUGUCAUGGAUAAGCCACUCACAUAACCAUCUCUCCUUGUAUUAUACACAUUUCUACACAAGUCCUACCUCUAGAUAGGGUUAUGCAUUGCACCCUGUAAUAACUAUUUUUUCACUCCAAGCCUGUUUCUUACCAGUAGCGAUCCUUCCUCUCCAUCUAGAUGAGUUUUCCGGGCGUUCCAAAGGGCCUCAUCUGUAGCAUGCAGUCCACUCAUGAUGAUCAAAUUCAGUGUGUAGUUUCCUCAGCUUCAAAGCUCAUUGAUGAGGCCUUGUGAGUCCAGUCCAUUAAAAUACUUCUGAGAAGAGGAGACUUCACAAGGCUGAUUGACAGGAGGGGAGGAUAUUAGUUAUUAAAGUGUAAAGAGAAGUAGGGGGCCGUGGGUCCUUAUUAAGACCUACUGUACUAUAUAGUUUAGUUGGUAAAUCCCACAUGAAUCUCAUUGUCACGUUCGCUUAAGGAGGAGGACCAAUGCGCAGCGUUGAAUGCGUACAUAUUAUUUAUUAAACAGAUCACCCGAUCAAAACAACGAACGAAACGUGAAGUCCUUCGAUACACACAAACCAAAAGGAACAAGAAACCACAACACAAAGUGAAAAGACCGAUAGUUAAAUAUGGCUCCCAAUCAGAGACAACCAGCUGACACUCGUUGCCUCUGAUUGGGAGUCACUCAGGCCAACAUAGAUAUACAAAACAUAGACUUACACACCCUGGCUCAACAUAACAUAGUCCCCAGAGCCAGGGCGUGACAGUACCCCCCCCCAAAGGCGCGGACUCCGGCCACGCCAAACAACCACAACAGGGGAGGGACCGGGUGGGCACUCCGCCUCGGCGGCGGAUCCGGCUCCGGACAUGACCCAGGCACGGGUUGUGCUGGACUGACGACGCACACCCCUGGCUUGAUGCGUGGAGGAGGAACAUGCCGGACCGGGCUGACGAAGCGCACCCCUGACUUGGUGCGGGGAGCAGGAAUGAGCCGGACCGGGCUGACGACGCGCACCACUGACCUGGUGCGGGGAGCUUGGAUGGGCCGGACUGGGCUGGCGACGCGCACCACAGACUUGGUGCGGAGAGCAGGCACGGGCCGGACAGGGCUGACGAAACGCACCAUAGACUUGGUGCGGAGAGCAGGCACGGGCCGUGCCGGACUGACGACGCACACCACUGGCUUGGUGCGGGAAGCUUGGAUGGGCCGGACUGGGCUGGCGACGCGCACCACAGACUUGGUGCGGAGAGCAGGAACGGGCCGUGCCGGACUGACGACGCGCACCACCGACUUGGUACGGAGAGCAGGAACGGGCCGGACAGGGCUGACGACGCGCACCACAGGCUCGGUGCGAGAGGCAGGAACAGGCCGAACCGUACUGGGGACACACGCCACUGGCCCUAUGCAGGGAUCAGGAACGGGCCGGACCGGACUGGUAAUACACCCCAGUACCUCUCGCCGUGCCUCCACACUUUCCCUCUCCUCUGUGACCAGUGGCCCCCUUAACCUGGCGGCCUCCUCUUCACACCCGCUGGACCGCUCCAUCGCGGCCUCCUGCUGCCCCGUCGUCCACGUCGUGAGCCCCCCCCUAAAAAUUUUCUGGGGUUCUCUCCUCCCCGUGGACCAGGCCUCCCUAGCUCUCGCCAGACUCUCGAUCCAUUGCUUCAUAGACCAGCCUCUCUCCUCUUCACUUAGCGUGGCCCAGCCGAAACUCCUACUCCCCUGAUCCCAGGUCCUUCCUCUCUCCUCUUCACGCUGCUUGGUCCAUUCUUGGUGGUUUCUUCUGUCACGUUCGCUUAAGGAGGAGGACCAAUGCGCAGCGUUGAAUGCGUACAUAUUAUUUAUUAAACAGAUCACCCGAUCAAAACAACGAACGAAACGUGAAGUCCUUCGAUACACACAAACCAAAAGGAACAAGAAACCACAACACAAAGUGAAAAGACCGAUAGUUAAAUAUGGCUCCCAAUCAGAGACAACCAGCUGACACUCGUUGCCUCUGAUUGGGAGUCACUCAGGCCAACAUAGAUAUACAAAACAUAGACUUACACACCCUGGCUCAACAUAACAUAGUCCCCAGAGCCAGGGCGUGACACUCAUUCACCCCCAGCUAUCUCCCUCUCUAGCAAAUGUUGUGUUUUUGAAGGGAGGAUCUUAGGUAUUUUAUGUCCACUUUUGAGCAAAUAUAGUUUGAUCACAUCUCACACUCACUGUCAAUUACCCACAGUGCACAGCACAGUACGGCGCUCUGAAGGAAUACCAAAUCAAUGCAUAGCCUAUUGUAGCAUACCAAAGCUAAACACAGAACAGCUCUGAUGCUUUGUUUCAACAAAGCUCUCCAUGGUCUCUUACCUUGCUUAAAUACUUUUGUGUGAUACAUGUAAGAGUCUCUGAGGCUAUUGCUAACUGACCUUUGUCUCCAUAUCUCCUCCCUCCCUCCCUCCCUCCCUCCCUCCGUCCCUCUCUCUAGUUUGAAGGAUGCUGUAAGGCCUACUCUCGCCUGGAGAACCUGAAGACCCACCUGAGGUCCCACACAGGGGAGAAGCCGUAUGUUUGUGAACACGAGGGCUGCAACAAAGCCUUCUCCAACGCCUCAGACAGAGCCAAGCACCAGAACCGCACACACUCCAAUGAGGUAAGGCUCCUAUAGACAAUCACCUCAGAGACAUACAUUGAGCUACAUCUACGUACAGUAUGUACUCACUGCCAUUAUUUAAAUCAACUAAUGCACAUUUAAAUGCAUUGUGUUUUCUCAUUCAAGGAGCUCUAUGUCCAAUAUGCAAUCAACUUAUUCUCUAUUUGUUAAGACAAUGGAUGCAAUAAGUAAUCAACAUAAACAUGAGAUAGUAAGACUUCAUUUUAAAUUCUUCUUCCCAGAAACCCUACAUCUGUAAGAUCCCUGGGUGCACUAAGCGCUACACAGACCCCAGCUCUCUCAGGAAGCAUGUGAAGACGGUUCACGGACCAGAGGCACACGUCACGAAGAAACAACGUGGUGAUGUGCCCCCCAGGGGUCCUCCAAAGGGGAAUGGAGAGAACGAGGCAAACGCUAAACAGAGUGGUAGAGGAAUAGAUGGAAAGAUGGAGGCCAACAGCAUUACUAGAGGAGUGGAGGACUGCCUGCAGGUCAAGUCAAUCAAGACCGAGAACUCGAUGGUAAGACUGGGUGUGACAUUCCAUUGUGUCAUCACCACUACUUGUUUAACAAAGCAUUGACUUAGACUAUUGUCAAAAUCCUCUCAACUACUAACUACUUAAUACUGUCAAUACAAAUCCUAACAGUACCAUUCAUACACUACCGGUCAAAAGUUUUAGAACACCUACUCGUUCAAGGGUUUUUCUUUCUUUUUACUAUUUUCUACAUUGUAGAAUAAUAGUGAAGACAUCAAAACUAUGAAAUAAUACAUGUAGUAGCCAAAAAAGUGUUAAACAAAUCAAAAUAUAUUUUAUAUUUGAGAUUCUUCAAAUAGCCACCCUUUGCCUUGAUGACAGCUUUGCACACUCUUGGCAUUCUCUCAACCAGCUUCACCUGGAAUGCUUUUUCAACAGUCUUGAAGGAGUUCCCACAUAUGCUGAGCACGUGUUGGCUGCUUUUCCUUCACUCUGUGGUCCGACUCAUCCCAAACCAUCUCAUUUUGGUUGUGGUCGGGGGAUUGUGGAAGCCAGGUCAUCUGAUGCAGCACUCCAUCACUCUCCUUCUUGGUAAAAUAGCCCUUACACAGCCUGGAGGUGUUGGGUCAUUGUCCUGUUGAAAAACAAAUGAUAGUCCCACUAAGCCCAAACCAGAUGGGAUGGCGUAUCGCUGCAGAAUGCUGUGGUAGCCAUGCUGGUUAAGUGUGCCUUGAAUUCUAAUUAAAUCACAGACAGUGUCACCAACAAAACACCCCCACACAAUAACACCUCCUCCUCCAUGUUUUACAGUGGGAACUACACAUGCAGAGAUCAUCCGUUCACCCACACCGCAUCUCACAAAGACACGGCGGUUGGAACCAAAAAUCUCAAAUUUGGACUCCAGCCCAAAGGACACAUGUCCACCGGUCUAAUGUCCAUUGCUCGUGUGUCUUGGCCCAAGCAAGUCUCUUCUUAUUAUUGGUUUCUUUGCAGCAAUUCGACCGUGGAGGCCUGAUUCAAACAGUCUCCUCUGAACAGUUGAUGUUGAGAUGUGUCUGUUACUUGAACUCUGUGAAGCAUUUAUUUGGGCAGCAAUUUCUGAGGCUGGUAACUCUAAUGAACUUAUCCUCUGCAGCAGAGGUAACUCUGGGUCUUCCAUUCCUGUGGCGGUCCUCAUGAGAGCCAGUUUCAUCAUAGCGCUUGAUGGUUUUUGAGACUGCACUUGAAGAAACAUUCAAAGUUCUUGAAAUGUUCCGUAUUGACUGACCUUCAUGUCUUAAAGUAAUGAUGGACUGUCGUUUCUCUUUGCUUAUUUGAGCUGUUCUUGCCAUAAUAUGGACUUGGUCUUUUACCAAAUUGGGCUAUCUUCUGUAUACCCCCCCCCCCUACCUUGUCAUAACACAACUGAUUGGCUCAAACGCAUUAAGAAGGAAAGAAAUUCCACAAAUUAACUUUUAAGAAGGCACACCUGUUAAUUGAAAUGCAUUCCAGGUGACUACCUCAUGAAGCUGGUUGAGAGAAUGCCAAGAGUGUGCAAAGCUGUCAUCAAGGCAAAGGGUGGCUAUUUGAAGAAAUCUCAAAUACUACAUGAUUGCAUAUGUGUUAUUUCAUAUUUUUGAUGUCUUCACUAUUAUUCUACAAGGUAGAAAAUAGUAAAAAAUCUAGAAAAACCCUUGACCGGUAGUGUACAUGUUCUAUGUUAUUUGAGUCUUGUGACGCAAAUGCAAGCAUUUCACCAUCUAUCCCAUCACCUUUCACGCUAACUGAUCUGUGAUGGAUAAUUUACCUGCUGAUGGUCUAUCCUUCUCCUUAUCCAACUCACCUCUCUGGUCACUACUUGAAUGUUCUUCUUUUUCCUUAACACUUUCCCUAACGGACAGGCUUCUCAGAGGUGAGCACCACCACAUUCUUCUCUUUCAUUUCAAUGCUUUCUAACUCUGCAUGUCAAUUUUGCAUCAAUACAUUUGAAAUUGCACUACUCUGUUCCUCUAUGUAUGAAAGAACAGAGGAUUACACCAAGCACUUUCCAAGCGCUUCUGGUUUUAAAAGCCUAUACUGUACUGUCUACAGUUUGAUGUUUUUGCAUGAGUUGUGAUGUACUGUGAAAUGUUCCCCCCUUGUACACACACACAUUCACACAUACACACACACACACACACACACUUUAUUCAGUUAUAUUCCUCUGUGGCCUUCGAGAUCUGACAGUAAUGUCUGUCGGGCCAUGAUAAAAGUCAUUAUCAAAUUAAUAUUCAAAGAACGGGACUGUUCAGCAUGUGCCUGGAACAAAUAGUGCCAGCAAUCAAGCUGUGAUCAAGACUCUUUCUAGUUCAGUCUGGGUCAGAAUGAAUCACUAUCAACACUUGACUGUGAUGAGACUCACAGUAUCCCUCCAUCCCUCCACAAUAGACUUGUUUUCUUUGUAAAUGAAUCCAACAAAUCUAUGAUAAAUAAGAUUAUGAAACUAUAGCUAGGCUACAUCAUUUAUUUAAUUUUGCAUAGAGUUUAUAUACUUGAUUAUUCAGAAUUGUGCAACUGUAUUCCAGUAUUUAAUAUAUUAACCAAUACAGCCAUUUUUAUCUCAAUAUCAAAUUAUUUCUGUGUAACAAUUAAGGAACUUACUGUGAUUGUUUUAAAUUAAAAUGGUCAAAAAGAAACAAAAAUAGCUUCUUAGCAAAGAGCGAUUUCUCAAGCAAGAAUUUAGCUAGGACUGUCUGGGAGUGGUCUGAGUGGGGAGGGGAAACUGAAAACUAGCUGUUAUUGGCAGAGAGGUUUGGAACUCUUUCUUAUUGGUCUAAUAACAAACGUACUGCCUGGUGAUGUCACCAGGCAAGCCCAAAACUCCAUCCCACCAAAACAGGCUGAAAUUUCAGACCUUACACUAAAAGGGCAUUAUCAUAUUUUUCACAAUUUCACAGUAUUAUUCUAACCUCAUAGUGUGAAUAUAUAUAUAAAACACAGAGAAAUCCUGUUUUUGACUGCACUGGGCCUUUAAGCAUAUUUUUACAAUGACCAUGCCCUGAAUUGGUCUGACAGUGGUACCCUUUUCACACUACCAUGCCAACCCGAACAAAACCACUCAGUAGAGCUUGGUUUGGCUCGGCUCAGUUCAACUUAGUAAUAUGAAAAGCCCUUGAUAGGCUUGAUCUGGUGUCUAACAUGAACCAUCUAUCCUGUCCCCCUCUCCAGACGUAUCAAUCCAGCCCUGGCGGUCACUCAUCAUGUAGCAGUGAGCCAUCGCCACUUGGCAGUGCCAACAUCAAUGAAAGUGGAGUAGAGAUGGUCCUGCACAGCGGGGGCAGCUUUGGGGACCUGAGUGCACAGGACGACCCUCCCAUGAUGGACUCCUCCACCCUCUCCCACGGCAACUCAGCAGGGGUGGGGCUUGGGCUCCGUAAAGGGGGAGGAGUCACCAUCAAGCUGGAGAACAUCAAGGAGAGGCUGAAGAACGUGAGGGACUCAUGUCCCUGGGCCAACUCUGGUCCUCAGGUCCGGAACACCAACACCAAGCUGCCUCCUAUUCCUGCUGUUGGUAAGAGUUUUAUAUAGAGUUUUUGAUAACAACUGUUGUUAAGAACUGUCAAUAUUAUCUUGUUAAAAUAUUAUUGCUAGGGCCUCCCGAGUGGCGCAGCGGUCUAAGGCACUGCAUCGCAGUGCUUGAGGCGUCACUACAGAUCCGGGUUCGAUCCCGGGCUGUGUCGCAGCCGGCCGCGACCGGGAGACCCAUGAGGCGCAGCACAAUUGGCCCAGCGUUGUCCGGGUUAGGGGAGGGUUUGGCCGGCCAGGAUAUCCUUGUCCCAUCGCGUUCUAGCGACUCCUGUGGCAGGCCGGGCGCAUGUACGCUGACACGGUCGCCAGUUGUACGGUGUUUCCUCCGACACAUUGGUGUGGCUGGCUUCCGGGUUAAGCAAAGAGUGUUUCGGAGGACGCAUGGCUCUCGACCUUCACCUCUCCCGAGUCUGUACGGGAGUUGCAGCGAUGGGACAAGACCAUAACUACUAAUUGGGGGGUACAAAUUACAACAACAACAAAAAAUCCAUAAUAGGAGAGAUGGAGUUGGGAGGAAUAUGUGAAGCAGCCUUAGAAACCAAGAAAGUUGUUUUGCCCAAUAUGUUCAAAUGUGGUUCCUCAGGUUUCCUUCUGGAGAACUCCAAUAUGAUCGCUCCACCUGGGCCCUACCCUGGUCAGCGUCUUGGUGACCUGUCGUCAUGCGAGGUGACCAUGCUGAACCAGCUGAACGAGCAGGGCCGCCGGUACAGCAACACCAGCACUGCCAGUUCAGCCUAUGCCAGCCGGCGCUCCUCAGGCAUCUCCCCCUGCUACUCCAGCCGCCGAUCUUCCGAAGCCUCGCAGUUCAGCAACCGCCACAACAACAUCAGCUCAGCCGACUCCUAUGACCCCAUCUCCACAGACCUGUCCCGGAGAUCCAGCGAGGCCAGCCAGUGUGGUGGUGGAAACCUCCCUAGUUUGCUCAGCCUCACCCCGGCUCAGCACUACCAUCUCAAGGCCAAGUAUGCUGCCGCAACUGGGGGCGCUCCACCCACACCUCUGCCCAACAUGGAGCGAAUGAGCCUCAGGACCAGGAUGGCCCUGUACGGGGACCACUCCCAGGAGAGGGAGAGCUCCUCCAACUACCACCUGUUCCACCCCCCUGCCGGAGCAGUGCCCAGACGCUGCAGCGACAUCGGCUACGGUAACCAUAGUAUGAUGCCCCACGAGGUCCCUGGGAACCUGCCACGGCGAGCCAGCGAUCCUGUCCGCAGACCCACCUUGGACCCACUGUCCCUGCCAAGGGUCCAGCGCUACAACAGCAUGAACAGUAUGAACCCCAACUCCAUGAUGCCUCCUCCCUCUACCGAUCGCCAGGGCCUGGCCAUGCAGGGCUACACGCGGUCCGACGGAAGCCUGCACCGCCACCCCUUCGCCCCGCGGCCCCCCAGCAUAUCAGAGAACGUGGUGAUGGAGACCAUGGCUGUGGACGGGCUGGACCAUGCAGGGGACGAGGACAUGGUGCUACCUGAUGAUGUCGUACAGUACCUCAGGUCUCAGAACACUGGCCCCGGCCAAUCAGCAGGCCACGCCGACUAUGCCAACAGCCAAUCACACGGCUUCCCGGUCCAAGUGAAUAUGACCUCCUCCCAGCAGCCCCAGCAGCAGUUCUAUGGGCAAAGGAGGAUGGCCAUGGUGGAUACCAACAUGCCCCUAUCUGAGUCAGGCCAGGCCCCCCUACCACCCUACCAGAUGAGCCCUGGUUCUGGGUCGCAACAACAGCAGUACCCAACCUCACCCAGUAUGAACAACAAAAACAACAUGCCAGUGCAGUGGAACGAGGUCAGCUCAGGGACUGUGGAUGCCACAGCCACCUCCAGACUCACCAAGCAGAACAUCCUCAGACAGAACUGUGGGCCUUUCCAGGGUAGUAUGGGUAGUAACAGUAACCAGCAGGUGAUGCCUAUGAGCCAGAACAUGACACUACAAGGCUACACCCAGAGAAGCAACGCCCAGAGGAUCAACUCUGUCCAUCAGCAACAGAGGCAGCCAUGCAGCAUGAAUUAUACUGAGCAGAUGAGUCCCCAGCAAGGAUAUGGCCAAGAGAUCGUCCCCAUACCUAACUCUGGAUCUGGGAAUGGCAGCCUACGACCCAACUACAACGGUAUGGCACUGCCCAAUGGCAGAGUAAUGGCAACACAGAAUCCAGAUAUUCAAAACUACAGAUCAAGGACUCAGGUUGAAAGCUAUCCCCCUCAGAUGAAUCAGGUUGAGCAGCAGAACAUGAGUAGUAUGCCUCAGCAGCAAGCCGUCCAUACUGGGACCAGAGAUGGGAUGCAGCCCAGACUUCCCAUGGAGCCCAAGUCUAUGUCCAGACAACAUGCAGGAUCCAGCAGUACGAUGCAGAACCGUUUCCUUCAGUCUGACUUCAAUCACAACACCUCUGAGGCCAGUCCAAAGAGGCCAGGCCGCACCGCAGCACAUAACGUCUUACAAAAUGGAAACUCCAACUCUAACGCUCCAAUGUUCUAUGCUGGCCAGAUACACAUGUUCGAGUCCAACAACAACCUGAGUUUUGACUCCUCCAUGUCCCCCUGCACGCCCCAGGCACCGGUAGGCACCGCCGUUAUCAUGGCAUCCCCAGGGGUCAACCAGGUCACCAGCACCGUGGACUCCUCUGGCUCCUCUGGAUCGACCUCUGGUGUGGAGCACGCCCAGAUUGACUUUGAUGCCAUGUUGGAUGAUGGCGACCACUCCAGCCUGAUGUCGGGGACCCUCAGCCCCGGACUCCUCACAAGUCUGUCCCAGAACUCCUCCAGGCUCACGACCCCCCGUAACUCUGUGACCCUGGCCUCGGUGCCAGCAGGGAUCGGUAACAUGGCCAUCGGCGAUAUGAGCUCCAUGUUGACCGCCCUGGCUGAGGAGAGCAAGUUUCUCAACAUGAUGAGCUAA